UUGAGCUCUAGUAAAUAAUAAUAAUCGAUGGCUGACACAAGGAAUAAGUUCACGGCCGCGGCCGCCCUCGCCAUCCUCCUCCUCGCGGCCUUCAUGAUCUCCGCUGCCAACGCCGCCGGGGACCCCCCAACGGAGGCCCCUAAAGAAGACAAAAAGGAGGGCGAGAAAGGCGAGUCCGGAACGGCGUCCACAUUCUGCGAGAGCACCGACUACAAGGAGACGUGCCACAAGAGUCUAGAGAAGGCCAACGGCACUGAGCCUAAGGACCUCAUCAAGGCUGCGUUCGACGCCGCCAUAACCGAGCUCGAGAGCUCCAUCAAGAACUCCGAAGCCUACAAGACCGUCCAGUCCGACCCAAUGACCGAGAAGGCCCUCGCCGUGUGCGAGGAGGUUCUCAACAUCGCCAUCGACGAUCUCAGAAGGUCGUUCGAGAAGGUCGAUCAGCUCGACACCGGGACGCUUAAAAACAACAUCGCCGACCUCAGGAACUGGCUCAGCGCCACCAUUGCGCACAAGGAGACUUGCAUCGACGCAUUCGACAACACCACGGGCGAAACCGGGGCGAAGGUGAGGGAUCUUUUGAAGACCUCGGGCGAGCUUUUGAGUAAUGGUCUUGCGAUGAUUUCUCAAUUGCAAAAGUUCGUUUCGUCGAUUGAUUUUGGGAAAAUCGCGGAGGGGAUUAAAGGCCUCACCGGCGGUGGUGAAAAGAGGGCUCUGUUUAGCAGUGAUGAGGAGGUUCCGGAUUUCGUGGAGUCGCACGCGAGGAGACUGAUGGCGGCUGGACCGGCGACGUUGAAGCCGGAUGCGACGGUGGCGCAGGACGGGAGCGGGCAGUUCAAGACUAUUAGUGAGGCGCUGGCUACGUUGCCUCCUAAGAAUACCAAACCGUUUGUGGUUUUUGUGAAGGCCGGUUUGUAUAAGGAGUAUGUCGUGGUGCCGAAGGGCAUGAACAACGUUUCGAUCAUCGGAGAGGGGCCGGAGAAGACGAGGAUCACUGGUGACAAGUGUGUCAAGGGAGGGACACCCACCUUCCAGUCUGCAACUCUAACCGUGACCGGGGAAAGCUUCAUGGCGAAGGACAUAGCGGUGGAGAACACGGCCCCCGAGAGCCAGGCUGUGGCACUACGUAUCAACGGCGACAUGGGCGUGUUCCAAAACGUCCACCUCGACGGCUUCCAAGACACCCUCUACUCCCACAGCUACAAGCAGUUCUACCGCGACUGCCGCAUCAGCGGCACCAUCGACUUCAUCUUCGGUGACGCAAAGACCAUCCUCCAAAACUGCGAGAUCGUAGUGCGCAAGCCGCUCCCGAACCAGGCGUGCAUGGUGACAGCGCAGGGGCGCAAGGACAAGAAGGGAGACGGCGUGAUUGUCAUCCAGGGCGGCACCAUCACGGCUGAGAAGGCCUUCGUCGAGGCCAACCCGCCGCACGAGGCCUUCCUCGGCCGGCCCUGGAAGGAGUUCUCGAGGACGAUCAUCAUGCAGGCAAACAUCGACGCGUGCAUCCAGCCCACCGGGUGGUCGCCGUGGAUGGGGACAUUCGCACUCAACACGCUCUACUACGGGGAGUGGGCCAACACCGGGCCAGGGGCGGACCUGUCGAAGCGGGUCAAGUGGAAGGGUAUUAAGAAGAUGACGCCGGAGAUUGCGGCGGGAUUCACAGCUCAGAAGGUGUUCGUUUAUGAUGAUUGGAUCAAGAAGACUGGAGUUCCGUAUGAGGCUGGGAUGCUGCCUAAAUAAGUGCCCUUGCUGUCUCUCUUCUUCACUUUUGGAUUUUUAACAAAACUAUAUUCUUUCCGUUUCUUCAUUUUUAGUGAUUUGUUGGUGGCGAUGGAUAUUCCGCCCCACUUAGGGUUUUCCUCUUUUUUUUGUUUGUCACUUCAAAUUUAAAUUAGUGGUAGUACAAUCUUAUGGACUUCUUUUUAUUGGAGGUCCUCAUUAGAUAAUUGUGUCAAAUGUAUUUAAAACAUUUGCACUGAUAUGAUGAUAUCCAUUUUUUAUUAUUGAAA